CUUCAUCUCAUUACUUGGACUUGCCUAACGCCAUUUCGUAGGAUCGGGGAUUGGCCGUCAACUAAGUCUCGCGUAUGCUCGAGCGGGAGUCCAGAACAUCACGUUGGGAGACAUGAACGCUGCUGGACUCGCGGAGACUGCGAAGUUGAUCAAGGCACAAUCUCCGCACGUUGGCACAUUGGAAGUGGUUGUGAAUGUGACCGAAGAACAGUCGGUGAACCAGAUGGUUGACCAGGCGGUUGCCGCCUUCGGAACGUUGGACUGUGCUGCCAACGCAGCAGGCGUCAUUGUCAAUCACCGAGCAAAGACGGCGGACUAUCCCAUUGACGAAUACGACAGAGUCAUGGCCAUCAACGGCCGCGGCGUGGCUCUCUGCAUGUCCGCCGAGGCCAGAGUGAUGCUCAAACAACCGCGGAAACUCACCAGUACCGCGUGGCAGGACGAGCGACGGGCGCAGGUUGGCAGCAUUGUCAACUUCUCCAGUGUGUGCGGGUUUGUGUGUAUGCCCGAUGUCAUGCCCUACAAUGCCGCAAAGCACGCCGUCAUGGGCAUGACACGGAGUGCAGCAAUCGAACAUGGACCCCAAGGGCUGCGCGUGAACGCCGUCUGCCCGGGGAUUGUGGACACCCCAUUCAUUGAAAGUCUCAAAAAGAAGGUGGGAGGUGAAUCUUCCCCGGUCUUUGCGAAUCCGCUCGGGCGCCUGUGUUACCCCGAUGAGAUUGCCGAUGCUUGUGUGUACUUGAGCAGUACCAUGUCGAGCUAUGUCAAUGGCCUGGCUUUGGUAUCUGAUGGUGGGAAGACGUGUCAGUAUUGAGCGCGGUUUCGUUUCGGAACCCAAGUAGGAAGUAGACAAAGGUACAUGCGGAACGGAAGCAAC